CGCGGUGGCUGUUUCUCUGGUUUCCGCUUUUGGACUCGAGGCAACCGAGAUCCAGACGGGCACACCGCGACCACCUCGACAACUAGGCUCUAUAUCUUCAAGAGGGAGGUACCUUGCGUAGUGGCCAUGGUCAUGUCACGGCGCAGGCUCAUCGCCCUCAUUGCAGCCUUCUCCGUCUCACUUCUCGUCUUCCUCUUCACCUCAGAUUACACAGAGACUGCGUAUGAAGACUGGCAACCUGACCUCAGCAGUAUCAGCGGCAGCGGCAGCAGUGACAAACAAGCAGCUCGAGCAGCUUCAAGCGAUGUGAUCGUACCAUCCGCUGCAGCCGUAGUAGCAGUCGUUGCGACACCACUCGCUGUCAACCCAGAUGCCAUCCAGUCGCCUGAACCUGUCACGCGUGCAGCAGCAGAAGCUGAGCGUCUAGCAAAGGAAGAGCUAGAACGGGCGCGGACUAUUGAACAAAAGCAAGAGACGGUACCGAAGCCUAUAGAGACGACUGCAAAGCAAGAGGAUGACGCUUCGGAGAUGGUGAAGCGGCCGGAUGGGCAUAUCGUCAAGUUGAGUGAAGAGCAAGACUCGGAAAAGUCAACAGCGUCCUUCAUGGAUAGCGAAGCAGCUGCGGCUGAAGAGAUGAAGAAGGAGGAAGCGAGACGGACUGCGGAAGCUCAACGAAAGGAAGAGCUCCGUAAAGCCGAUGAAGCGCGGCAAGUAGAGGAACGCAAGAAGGCCGAAGAAGCUGCCAAGAUCGAAGCAGCACGCGUGGCGCAAGAGCAGAAAGAGCUUGCAUGGGAAGCAGCCGAGACUGGCAAGCAAUGGGGCAAGUAUGAAGAUAUUGCCGUCAUCAUUCGAACCGGCUUCCAGGUACAGAAGCGAUUGGAAGGGCCACUCUCUACCUAUCUCAAGGACAGAAAGGACAAUACACUGGCCAUCUUUUCUGAUCGAGAGUCGGAAGUCUUGGGCCGCAAGGUGUACGAUACCAUCAAGCCUUUCUUUGACAAGAACCCAGAAACCUACAACGGCACCAAUAUGCAGGAGAUCUACAACACAAUUCAAGCCAUGAAUAGCGAUGGCUCAGAAGUUAUUCCCGGCGAGCACAAUCAAGGCUGGAAGCUCGAUAUCAUGAAGCAAACCAUGUCAGCCGACAUGGGCUACCAAAUGCUGCACAAGAAUCGUAAAUUCAAGUGGUGGGCCAUCAUUGAUGAUGAUACCUACCUUCACCUGCCCACCAUUUCGGCCGAAUUGGCAAAAGUCAACCACUCGGAAGCGCACUACUUUGGUUCUCCCACUUGGUGUGGUGGCACCCAUUUCGCGCAUGGUGGCAGUGGUAUUGUCUUGAGCGCAAAAGCAAUGAGCGAUAUGUUUGAGAACCGGACACUCGCCGACCGUAUGCAUGCGAAUGGUCUCAAUACACCCUACGGAGACCACAACUUGGCCGUCUACCUCAAGGAAAUUGAUAUUCCCUAUGAAAACCAAUUCAGACACUCUUUCCACGGUGAUCCCUUGGAGGAAGUACGAUUCAAGCUUGAACAAGUCUGCGCGCCGCUCUUUACAUUGCAUCACUUGCAGGAAGCUGCCAUGAAGGCAACACACGAGAUUGUGUUUCGUGAUAGGCUCGUUCGAUUCUGGGAUGUGCUCGAUGCUGUUGCAGAUUUUAAGGAUAUGAGUUUGUGGUACAAAGAAGAUCACAGCUACAACUUGUGGGUCAAGGACAAGUUGAACCUUGAAAGCGAAGUGGGCAAGGAUAGCGACAAGGUGCCUGAAAUCUCAGAAAAGAUGCCGGUUGUCAAGAUCGACAGCAAGCAUGAGGAGAAAGAACGUCCCAAGUUGUGUGAAAACCUGUGUCACUCUGGUGAGAUGAGUAAAGGCUGCAUCACUUGGUCCUACGUCCCAGAGACCCGUGACUGUUACAUGGCAGACUGGUUCAUGCUCAAUACCGGCAGGCCGAGGAAGGGCGUGAUUUCGGGAAUUUUGGCGGAACGUCUAUCCGAAUGGCGACGAGCUCCGUGCUACUGGUAGUUGACGCCAAAGUGGAAGUGCAUAGACAUACUAUUCAUUUGUAAAUAAAGGCAGAGUCACGGUCCUCGACUCCUCGCCAUUUCAAGAUUUUGGGACUCGUGACGAUAUGGCAACAACUGGCCAAAGAGACCGUGAUAGUCAAGCUGAGACCCAAAUAUCUGCGCUGAGCUUGCAUGCUGUCGUAUACUCGCUGUGCUCAGUGGUGAGGUUCAGGGGUCCGAUUUGUUGUCAGACCUAUUCGAGGUUCACAUCGCAUUCCCGUUGAGCCAAAAGUGACUAGUCCUCACAGGACAACGAUGCAGCUCUUCAAAUCCCUACUGCUUGGCUGCUUCCAGGAGUCAGUGCUCGUCAGGGGAAAC